AUAGCCAUUGAGUGAAUAGAUUGUUAGCGAUUGCGUCGUUGAGUCCACUCUUUGAUCGCAUUGUUUGUCAUUUCCUUCACUUUUGACUCCAUUUUAUUGUUAAACAAGACUUUGAAGACAUUAACAGAUAAAGUGAUUGUAAUUAAGUUAUGGACUAAUUGUUUGGUCAACUAAUUAGCGCACCAUUUGGUGUCGCAGACAAACAUUAAUAUAAACAUGGCGUCUUUUACGGGAGUUUUACACAUUUGUAUUGAAUUUAAAGAAAAAUCCAUAAAAAGUAAACAUUUAUUAAACAAAAAUGAUAGCAAACAAGUGUCAGAUGAUGUCAGUCGAGAUGUCUUUGGAUUCGGGCCUUAUCUGGCCAUCAGACCAAUCAUUCUUUGCUAAUGAUUGGUCGACCACACAGUCAUUCAUAGCACCGCAAUCACCACAAGAACAAGUGAACGCACCGGACAGCCAAUGGCUCCAAGAUUUCGAAGUAUUCAAAGGCUUAUGCGAUGACAUUGACUUAGGCCUCAACUAUGAACCCGACAACACAUUCGAGGCGAUGACUAAAGAGGUUGACAGUGAAUGUGUCACUAAAGUCAAUGAAUACAUCGAUUACUUGGAUUCAACCGCUUUCUUGAGUCCUGAGUCACUGAACCCAUUGUCACCGGAAGUCACUCUGGCAUCCGAUGACUUUGUAGAUCAGUUGGACUUAGCGGCUCAAGAUUUGAACUCGACAUCUGCUAUGACUAUAUUAGAAGAGAUUCUUUCAUCGGCCAACUCUACCGAUAGCGAAGAAUGCUUUGACUCUGAGCUCGAUCUUCAGUUAAUAACUGAAGUUUCGAAAGAUCCUCAAAACUAUGACAACAUUUAUGUAGAGACUUCUGUUUCAAAGCGUAGACAAACUAAACGCAAAGCCGUUGAAAGUAUUGAAAAAGUGGAAAAAGCGAUAACUAAUAACAAAAGGAAGAAAACGACGGUUAUUGAGAAAAAAGAGCGCAAAAGAAGUCAAAACAAAACGGCUGCCAAUAGGUAUCGUAUUAAGAAAAGGGCAGAACUGGAGUCGAUUGAAGAGUUAGAGCAGAGAUACGCCAAAUCUAAUGUUGAUUUGAUGGCACAGUUGCAGAAACUGCAGAUGGAGUUCAAAGUGGUUUUGCCGUUGGCAAAGGCAGCGUUCGCUUCAGACAACAACAAAGCACUACAAUUGCAAAUGUUGGACAUCCGUGUACUCAAUGAUAACCUUCUCGAUUGAAUCAAUUCAUUUAAUUUCUAUUUAUAUUAAUCACAUUAUUUACAAAUCCUAUAUCACAUUAUUUUUAAUCCUUAAAUAAUCAUUAAUUUAGUGGUGAAUGUAUUAGUGUAAAGAAAGACUGUAUUGAAUUCUAUAUUUUUA